AUGGAUCUUGCAGCGAAGGACUCGUACAUCCAGAAAUUGGCGAGUAAAGUGAUACACCGUCAGGAGAAUGAACCAAAGAAGAGGCCAUACGCACCGUUUAAGGGUCAGAAGGAUUCCGGUCCACCACAGAAGAAGAAAAAGUGCAAAAAGAAGUCAUUCAAAGAUGGGAAGAAGCCCACCGUGACGCCGGUAAAAAAUUCGAAUCCAGUAUCGGCACACAAGGAACACUUGAAAGUGAGGACCAAACAAACAUCAGAAGAAGGUACAAAAAAUGUGAAAGCCAGAUUCUCCACCGUUGAUGUCCUACGGAGGAGGCUGCACGAGAAGAUCGAAGAGACCAGAGCUCAGGGCGUUCCCAAGGAGGCGCUAAUGGAGGAGGUCCAGGCCAAGCGAGCCAAGCGGAAGUUGGAGCGCGAGCGUAAGAAGCGAAAGAAGAAAGAGUUCCAGUUGAAAAGAUUAGCCGAAGCCCAAGCGCAAAGCCAGCAAGUCGAGGUAAAGCGCGAAGAGGCGGACGCGCAACACGUUCCGACGGGCGUGGCCAAACGACAGGAAAAUGCCGUGAUCUUCAAUGGUGUAGAAACGGUGGAGGACAAGUACGCUGACAAGGUUACGAAGAGAAAAGCCAAAAAGCAGCGCGUCAAGGGGCAAAUCACGCCGCUGACAGGACGCAACUACAAGCAACUGCUGAGCCGUCUGGAGGCGCGCAAGGACAAACUGGACAAGCUGCGGGAGAAGGACGAGGCCAAAGCCCAAGAGGUGGAGGACAGGAUGAAGUGGACCAAUGCGCUGUACAAGGCCGAGGGGGUCAGGAUCAAGGACGACGAGGCUAUGCUGCGCUCCGCCUUGGCCAGCAAGGAGAAGAAACGCAGCCAGCGCAAGAAACAAUGGGACGAGCGCAGCCAAGUGGUGGUGGAGAAGAUGCAGAAAAGGCAGGACAAGCGACGCAGGAACAUCCAGAAUAGGAAGAACGCUAAGAUGGAGAAGAAGAAGAAAAAGGCCAGGAAGAAGGGCAGAGUUCUGCUGGAGGACUUGGAAAAAGUCAACAAGUAG